CGAAAUCCUCGAUAUCCACAUGUUGAUGUUGACGUUGUACGCUGUGGUAAAGAAAGGCCGGGGUAAAACAUUUAGUGCAAUCAUGGAUAUUUGAACAUUGUUUGAAAAUACCAGUGUACUUUGUUCGAAGAAUCGAAAAACAACAUGGCAGCAGGGAAGACAGCCUGGCUGCUGCUAGUGGCUCUGAGACUGGUCUGGGUUGUGAUCCCACAGUUUGGCUACAUCCAUCCAGAUGAGUUUUUCCAGGGACCAGAGAUUGUGGCGGGUGAUAUCUUGGACCUCGAUGUUCACAGGUCAUGGGAGUUUAAUACUACCUCCCCAAUUCGCAGUAUAGUCUUCCCCUAUCUCAUAUCUGGUCCACCAUUUUACUUGCUCAAGUACCUGAUCGCAGCUGGCUUUGACGCUAGAGGGCUCAUCCUUAACACCAUGACUCUCCUUGUCCUUCCUCGCUUAAUGCUGGUCUUAAUGGGGUUUGUUAUGGAUUUUUUCAUUGUCCGAAUGUCCAAGAUGACUGGAAGUGACCGAUGGUCAAAUUUGUUGCUGUUUGGAAGUUCAUACGUGGCCAUUGUUUACAUGAGUCACACUUUUUCAAACACAGUGGAAGUUUUGUUGUUCACUGCUUUGUUGUAUUUUGUGAUGGUGGACAGCGAACAGAAUAAAGAAAAUCAGCCAGCGAGCAAAAAGGAACAAAUUUCUGUGAAAGGUGAUAAGGAAAAGACUUUGGACUUGACAAAAGGAAAUGGACACUACUUUAACGCCACUGCCAUCUCAAGUAUUAUAGUCAUGGGUAUCUUUAACAGACCUUCCUUUGUAGCAUUUGCCAUUGUUCCAUAUUUAUAUUGGCUUAAAGUCAGGUGCUCAACAUAUGAUUUUGACUCCCUGUGGAAAGUUGCGGGAAAAAUAUUUUCAUGCAUUCCAGGAGCCGUUCUCACUUUGGCUGUAUUCACUCUCAUCGAUUCAAUGUACUACGGAUCUCCUGCUAAAAUUCUUGAAUGUCUACAUGGUUUUGUGGAACUGAUCCUCAAGGGAGGGUGCUGUCUUACGGCCUGGAGAGGAAAAAUGGCAGAAUUUUCAUCCCAACUGACGCUUACACCGCUCAAUUUUUUCAAGUAUAACUCGGAUUCAAAGAACCUUGCCGAGCAUGGGAUCCACCCACCAUACACACAUGCUGCGGUGAACUUGCAAAUACUUUUCGGAAUAUUACCAAUUUUGUUUCUUUUGGAUAUCAUCCGCUGGGUGUCAACAAGAAGGCCAAGUUCAAGGAUCAAAGCACCAUACUGUGCAUUACUCUAUAUGUGUUUCCUGAUACCACUGGCUUUACUCUCACUGGUUCCACACCAAGAACCAAGGUUUCUUCUCCCUCUCAUAGCUCCCAUUACUUUGAUUUGUGGUGGAAAGAUAUUUGGGCAGGACUCAUACAAAGUCCUGAAGGUAACUUGGGUGAUAUUCAACAUCUUGGCGGCCAUGUUGUUUGGUGGUCUUCACCAAGCGGGAUUAGUACAGUGUAUAUCGUACCUCCAGAAGUAUUUGUAUUCAACCAGACAGGAUUCUGCCACGCAGCACAUUAUCUUCUACCAUACCUACAUGCCACCUCGCCACCUGCUGGCCAUUCCAAAUCACCAUGACAACGGUGAAGGUCAUCGCAAAAGCAAGGUUUUCGUUCAUGAUCUGGCAGGGGCAAGUGAGGAGGUGUUACACUCCAAAAUACUAGACAUAAUGGGCAGCAUGAAAAAGAAAUGUGGGGAAAUUUAUGUGGUCAGUCCAGCCACCUUGUAUUUUCACUGUAAGAAAAUUCAAAGUGGUAAAUACGAAUACAAGUUAUUAGAAUGGUUCAGUCCACAUUUAAGUAUGGAAGACCCACCAGAUUUGGAGAGAGACGUUCUGUGUGAGGCCCUAUCGGACAGAGAUUGCAGGGAGAAGUGUUUUAAAGAUGUCAGUCGUGAAUGGGAGAAAAUAAAACAUGCUUUUGCAUUGAAUUUGUAUGAGAUUGAGCUUAAGUAUGUUUGAGUUCAGAUGUUGAUGUGAAAAUCCAAGGCAAAGGAAAGUUAAAGAACAAUAAAAGACUGUAAUGUAAGUUAUGAUGAAGAUUGAAACCAUUUCACAGAUUAUUUGAAAUUUAUGGUUAAGUGUAUGAAGAAUAUAUCUCUGUCUUUAUGACCUGUUAUCACUUAUCAUCUCUAUUUUUUUCACUUUAUUUAUUUAUUUAUUUAUUUAUUUAUUUAUUUGACAUCAACUUUCCUUGACAAAAUAAAUAAAUAUGAAAUUUCUUGGUGCUGGGAAGAUAUAUUUAGAAUUGUGAACUGGUAUAUUUCAUUUCUUGCUUAAUCACUUGUUUGCUUGUAGUUUUUUUUUAACAACAGAUUUUUAAUCUUUCAUUAUAUGAUAUACAGAAAUAAGCUGAAAUGUUAAAAAUGUGGUAAACAUUUGUUACAUUCCUUUCUAGAACUUCUGUACUUUUGACGAGUGAUAAUUUAAAUAUUAAAAUGAUGACAACAACGGCGCAACAUUUUAUGUAGGAAGUGUUACAUAGUUUCAGACCAACAUCUUUGUUUUCUAUGUUGCCAAGUUAAAAGCCGUGAAAACAAAUUUGUUACAUAUAAUACAGAAGAAUGCAAUGAAUUCUUUGGUUUUCUAUUUUUAAAAAUAUGUUAUAGAGUUUUUUCCAACUACUAUGUUUGUGUCCCAACUUGCUGAUGCUCCCCGGUAUUCGAUCUGGCGAAGCUGGUUAUUGUAAAAAGAAUAAGGUCUUUUUCAAUCGAGGAGUACAAAUCUUUGUACCGUUCCAGUUUGGGAGAGCCAUAUUUUAGUAAUCCGUAUAUUAGCACCUAAACUGAGCUUUGGAUCCGCUCUCGGCACGGCAUGGAAACCAGAUUAAUUGUGACAGAUAUUCAGGAGCUUUGUGAAAGGUAGUACUUAUUACCUCACCCCCACCACACACACACACACACACACACACACACACACACACCGUAGGGUAAUUAACAUGGUACGACCAGUUACACUGAAAACAGAAAACCGUACCGCCAGGUUUGACAAGCUUUUAAAGCGUCUUAGGCUCUAUUCCCAUAGAUUUUAGAUCGAUCUAUCCCCGCGGGGAGUCUCACUAGAUUACUUUA